AUGGUUAUUAUUGAUAGACUUACAAAGUCUGCUCAUAUUAUGCCAGUGAAAGUGACUUUUGCUACAGAGCAGUUGGCUCGACUCUAUAUGAAGGAGAUUGUGAGACUUCAUGGGGUGUUUGAGAGCAUUGUGAGCGAUCGGGACCCGAUUAAUCCCUCUUGUUAUUCCACCAUUGCUUUUAUGGAAGUAAUGGUUGAUGAAUGGAUGAUUGAGUGGUAUUUUCCAACUGGCUCGGUGUUCUGUAUUUAUCUUGGAGAAAUGGAUGAGACUUUUGGAUAUAUGGAUGGCAGAUUUGAAGUAUCUUUGGCAGAUUCCACCAUGAUGUGGAUCGUGCACUAUGCAAUGAACAGAGCUCAAGAGAAGAUGAAGACAAAAACCGGAGUCAUUGAACGCUUGAAUGAGAUAUCAAAAUUCUAUGAGUUGGCAGUGAUGCAACUUGAAGGUUGUCUAAGCAUUGUUCACGCAGAGACUGAAAGCAGCUAUCUUGAAAGCAAUCAUGAAGAGGUACUAAAUGACUUGAGAGAAAUAAAAGAUCGCCUUCAAGGGCGUCUUAAGGAAUCUGAAUUAGCUAUAUUAGAGAAGGAUAGAGAGUUGACCCAGAGAUUGGAAAACGAGUUGAAGCUCAGACAUGCUUUAAAGUUGAAAGAAAGAGAAUUUGUUUCCUUGAAUGUCGGCCAUGGGAUUGAAACAAGUAGUCACAAUGCUGAGAAUGACCAAACAAGAAGAAAUGAGCAUGGCGAUGGUGAUUUUUGUGAGCUGAGAACUAGUGUGGAUCAGCAAAUGCUGAAUAUCAAACAAAGACUUGAACCACAACAUGACGUGUUAAAUGAGGUACCACAUAAUGGCAUUGACAGGAAAAAGGUUGAAGAGAUGGGUUCCGACAUAGACAUACUAAAGCAGACUAUGGAUCUUGCAUUUGGGAAGAUGCAAAGUGCCCUUUUCUUGUGUGAGAUGCGACCCAAAGAGAGACAAUGGAAGUUGACAAUUGAAAAAGAUAUAAUGUCUAUAUUAAUUAGAAGUUUCAUGAGGGAUUUCCAAGAGAAUAUUAAAUCAGAAGUGAGAAGGGAUGAGAACCAGGUUCUCAAAUGCUGGCAGGAUCAUUGGCAACAACUGAUGAAUGAGGUUACAAUUUUACAGCAUGAACUUUCCACUUUGCACGAAACAUGUCCUGAGGAUUCUGACUGUUCGGCACUUUCUUCUCCAACAAAGGCUUCACCACAAGAAGGAGGUCAUGAGAUACCUAACAGGUCCCCUCAAAAGGUGGAAGAGAUGAAUAAGGAGGAAAUGCCACCAAAAGAGGAAGACAAUGAAGAUGAAAGCAACUAUGUUGCUAAGUUGAUAAAGAGUCAUGAGUCUAUUAUACGCAAAAAGAAUGAAGAACUGAAUUGGAGUAAGCAUGGAGUAUCACAAGAAAGUAAGGCCCCAUCCUCCAAGAUAAGAAAGCAACUAAAUAUCCUGAAAGAAAGAAUCCGUGCUGUUAAUGAAAGAAUGGACAAUCUUACAGAUUGGAUUGCUAAACUGAGAGAACUUCUUUUCACCCAAAGAGUUCUUAAUGUCAAGGAAACGCUUCCUUUGACGAAGUUAUCAGAAGUAUACGAGAUUGAUACUGUGGUGAAGGAUGUUGAUACUGGGGGAAGUGCUGGGGAGAAGGUAAAAGGUGUCUCUGAUGCAGGAAAUGAAGUACAGGAGGCAAUAAGGUUGUUAAAUGUACAAAAGAAGUAUAACACACAGAAAAAUUUCAUAUCAGAAAACAAGCAUGGUUUUAUAGAUGGUCUGGUAGUAGAAUUUGACAGUAAACCCUACAAUUUUGAUUCAGAGAAGCUAAUACAGGAGCAUGUAUAUAAAUACUGCUUAAGGGAAAUAAUCAAUGAGUGGAAUGAGAGCACUGAAAGAAAUACCAUUGAAAGCAAAAUUAGAGACGACAUAAAUUUGAUUGUCUUAUCUGAAGCAGUUAAGGAUAUCAGUUCGAAUCAAGAAUUUGCCUUAAUCGAGUGUAAGGGUGGUGAAACUGAGGAACGUUGUUUACAAUGCUCGACAUCUUGUAACCAAGUCGAUGAAAUAGAGAGCAAAGAAAGUACAAUAAGAGAUCAUGUUCACGAUAUUGUUUUUUCCGAAACAUUGAAAACUUUUGUUAAUAGUGCAAGUUCUGCUUCAAUAGAGCAAAGACAGAGCAGUGUUCAGGAUAAUUUUCUUGAUCAGCUGCAGUUUACAAUCACAGAAAUUCUUCUGAAGGAAGAUGUCUAUAUGGUUGUAUUCAAAGCUACACUUAAGGAAUGGAAAUUGGAGUUAGACAACUACUACAUGGAGAACUUCAUCAGAGAGAAGAUACACCGAGUUAUCAUGGUUGAGACAUUGAAUAAAGCAUUUCUCUCACCCAUGGAAGUCAAAUCACCGGUUCAAGACAAUACUAUAGAAGAUAAUUACUCUCCUAAGACGUUAAAUCCAGUUCAGAAAGUUCAGGGACACAAGAACUUGACCAUUAUAUUGUUAGAGUCUCUACUUGGUUGUUUUGAAGCAGAGGAGAAUUUGAUGCUAAGUGCACAGUCUGAGAUCAAGGAACACAGCAAGCAACUCGACUUGGGUUCAGAACGUGGGGACCUGCAUGAGCAUGAAAUAUUUGAAGAUUUGAUAACCGGGGAAGAACAGACUUUUUCUUCACUAACCAAUAAGGUAGAAAAAGUCUUGCAACAAUUAGGUACAAGCAAGGCACUUCUACGGGAGUUAGGCACCAGCUUAGGGCAUAGUCUUCGUGACUCAGAAAGUUUUCAUUUUCAAAUGUCCUCUAAUGAAGAAGGGCAAUUGAAGCUGUCUUCUUCUAUUUUCUUCUUUCUUUUAAAUCUUUCACCAACAUUUACAGAAUUUGAGGGAAUGGUAGGCCAUAAAUUUGAGAUGAUGACUAUGAGGUUGGAAAAGAUGAAAUGUUGUUUGGAUCCAGUUAUUGAGUUGGUCGAUAGCUUGAGAAGCAAGGAAUUAAUUUACCAGAAGGCCUUUAUUAGAAGGUGCCAGAAUCUCGAAAAAGCUGAAGCUGAGGUUGAUCUUCUCGGUGAUCAAGUGGAUGCACUUUUAACGUUGCUUGAGAAGAUAUAUGUAACCCUUCAUCAGCGUGCACCAGCUUUGCAGCAGUACUUUGAGGUCUCUAACAUUUUGGAGUUAAUAAAAUCAGAACUGAUUAUUGGAGGUGUUCAGAAUGCCAGAGUAGUGACUUAA